AUGCAUCCGAAAUUGAAGUAUGCGUCCCUGAAGCUCCUGGAACUCUUUACUACAAUUUUUUCUUUCGCCGCGAAAAAUGAAAAGGUGUCUUCAAGCUCAGCUAUAUCCCAACAAACAUCGUUUCUUGAUGGUAUGCGAGGGAUAGCCGCUUUAAUCGUCGCCUUUUACCACACAGCCCAGGCUUACUCCAGCGCCGUAGAGAAAGGUUACGGCCAUAACGGCGAAAACUGUUCCUUUAUUCAGCUUCCAUUUAUACGAUUACUGUAUGCUGGCCAUGCUAUGGUCUGUGUAUUUUUCGUUAUUGGCGGCUACGUAAACGCCCUGCGACCGCUGCACAUGAUGCAUUAUGAGAAGCAAUGGGAUAAGCUUUUUACAUCAAUCAGCUCUAGCCUACUACGCCGAAGUAUCCGGCUCUACAUCCCGCCCGUCUUCGCAACGUUCUUCUCUGCCAUCACGGUACGCCUAGGGUGGUGGGAAGCUUCGCGGACGGCGAUUGAUGCCGGAAUGUUUGCAGGAUGGCCAGACUUUCACCCACCCCGGCAGCCGACCAUGUCUGCGCAGUUGGCGGAUUGGUGGCAUCAUACAGCAGGCCUUUUCAACCUAUGGACAUACAUGACCUCGUCAGAUGCCCAGCCAUAUUAUAACGUCUAUGACCCGCAUCUAUGGACAGUGCCAUACGAGGUCAGAACAUCACUCAUCUUAAUGCUGGUUCUUGUUAUUGUGGCGCGGUGUCGUCCUCUCGCUCGAUGGCUAUUAUUGCUGGCAUUUAUACAAUUCAGUGCUUCUUGGGCUCGUUGGGAGGUUGUCAUGUUUCUUUCAGGAGCUAUGCUGGCGGAUAUCAAGAUGUAUAGAGAUGUACACAACGAGUCUCUCCCUAUGCAAAGUGAAAAGGACGACAGCUUGUUAUCGGCUAUUGGCGGCCCUCAAAAAGCCGCAGUAACUGCCAUCGUCCUAUUCACAGGGCUGUAUCUGCUAUCGGCCCCGUCUACACAUAUCGAUGGGACUCCAGGAUACAUUACAAUUACGUCCAUGAUACCAGAAAGCUAUGGCGAUAAACGGCGAAUUGUUUAUGGGGCCGGGGCGAUAAUGCUAAUAUGGGCAACCUCAAGCUCGCCAGCAUUGCAACAGCUAUUCUUGACAGGAAUAGCGCAGUAUCUAGGACGUAUUAGUUAUGCACUAUAUAUUGUGCAUGGUCCCUUAUUACAUAUUGUGGGAUAUGCCAUUACUACAGCUAUAUGGAAGUAUCUCGGUACUGAUGGUGAGAGCAUGAUGCGGUGGAUAGCAGCGGUCGGCCUGGGAAAUGCAAUCACUUUUGCGAUCAUCUUUUUGGUAGCAAAUUUUUUCUACAUAUGGGUAGAUACUACGUCGUGGGAUGGAGGAGACAAGAAACCUGGCGACUUUUUCUCUUCUGCACAGUAG